AUGAAGCUCUCGUCGACAUGGGCGAUUGCCUGUUUGGCAGCUCAGGCUGCUGGGGCUGCCAUUAGCCAUUCCCUGAAUGGAUUUAGUAUCACGGAACAUCCGGACCCUGUGAAGCGGGCCUUGCUGCAGAAGUUUGUCAGUUGGGAUGACAAGUCCUUGUUUGUUAAUGGCGAACGGAUCAUGCUUUUCAGUGGUGAAAUUCACCCUUACCGUCUGCCUGUGCCGUCUCUUUGGAUUGAUGUCUUCCAGAAGGUCAAGGCUCUCGGAUUCAACUGUGUCUCUUUCUACAUUGACUGGGCCCUGCUUGAGGGCAAGCCCGGCUCUUACAGCGCCGAGGGAAUCUUCGAGCUCGAGCCAUUCUUCGAUGCCGCCAAGGAGGCGGGUAUCUAUCUUCUCGCUCGCCCUGGUCCUUACAUCAAUGCCGAAGUAUCUGGUGGUGGCUUCCCUGGCUGGUUGCAGCGUGUCAAUGGAACACUGCGCACCAGUGAUGAGGCUUUCCUCAAGUCAACAGACAACUACAUGAAGAACGUCUGUGAAACCAUUGCCAAGGGCCAAAUCACCAACGGCGGUCCCAUCAUCCUGUUCCAGCCGGAGAAUGAGUACAGCGGUGCCGUUAACGUUGAGCCCUUCCCCGAUGGUGCCUAUAUGCAGUACGUCGAGGACCAGGCUCGUGAUGCCGGUGUUGUCGUUCCUCUCAUCAGCAAUGACGCAUGGGCUGGUGGCCACAAUGCUCCUGGAACUGGCGAGGGAGCUGUGGAUAUCUACGGACAUGACAGCUACCCUCUCGGCUUUGACUGCGCGAACCCAUCUACCUGGCCUUCGGGCAACCUGCCCACUGACUUCUAUACCACACACAUGAAGCAAAGUCCUUCCACUCCCUACUCUCUGAUUGAGUUCCAAGCUGGAGCAUUCGACCCUUGGGGAGGUGUUGGCUUUACCAAGUGUGCUGCCCUUCUGAACCAUGAAUUCGAGAGAGUCUUCUACAAGAACAACCUCAGCUUCAAGGUUGCCUUCCUGAACUUGUACAUGAUCUUCGGUGGUACCAACUGGGGUAACCUUGGCCACCCGGGAGGCUACACUUCCUACGACUACGGCUCCCCAAUCUCGGAGUCUCGCAAUAUCACCCGUGAGAAGUACAGCGAGCUCAAGCUGAUUGGCAACUUUGCCAGAGUUUCUCCAGCCUACUUGCUUUCCACUCCGGGAAGCUUGACCACCUCCAAGUACACCACAUCGUCGGACCUGGCUGUGACUCCAUUGCUCGGAGGUAACAGCACGACUUCGUCCUUCUUCGUGGUCAGACACAAUGACUACUCGAGCCAAGCUUCUGUCGACUACAAGCUGAAGGUGCCUACCAGUGCCGGUCAGCUUACCAUCCCCCAGUUGAGCGGUAGCCUCACUCUCAGCGGACGUGACUCCAAGGUCCAUGUCGUUGACUAUGAUGUGGCUGGCACCAAGAUCCUGUACUCCUCUGCUGAAGUUUUCACCUGGACCAAGUCUGGUAAAUCGAAGAUUCUGGUGCUGUACGGCGGCCCUGGUGAGCACCACGAGUUGGCUGUCUCUUCCAAGUCCAAGGCCUCUGUCAUCGAAGGCUCCGAGUCUAGCAUCACCACCAAGCAGGUGGGCAAGGCUGUAGUCAUCGGCUGGGAUGUGUCCACCACUCGUCGUAUUGUGCAAGUUGGUGACUUGAAGAUUCUUCUCCUGGACCGCAACUCUGCCUACAACUACUGGGUCCCUCAGCUUCCAAGCAAGGGCAAGUCCCCCGGCUACAGCUCGCAAAAGACCGCAGCCUCCGCUCUCAUUGUCAAGGCUGGAUACCUGGUGCGCACUGCCUAUGUGGAGGGAAGCGAUCUCCACCUCACUGCCGACUUCAAUGCCACCACUCCCAUCGAGGUCAUUGGAGCUCCCUCCAAUGCCAAGAACCUGGUGAUCAACGGCGAGAAGGCGCAGGUCAAGGUCGACAAGAACGGAAUCUGGUCCAGCAGUGUCAAAUACACUGCGCCUAAGGUUAAGCUGCCGACCCUGAAGAGCCUCAAGUGGAAGUCCAUCGAUACUCUCCCCGAGAUUCAGAACUCCUACGAUGACUCCGCCUGGGUUUCUGCAGACCACACCACCACUCCCAACACCGCCAAUGCUCUGAAGACCCCGACCUCGCUGUUCGCCUCCGACUACGGCUUCCACACCGGCUACCUCCUCUUCCGCGGCCACUUCACUGCGACCGGCGAAGAGAAGUCUCUGUUCCUGCGUACCCAGGGUGGCACUGCAUUCGGCAGCUCCGUAUGGUUGAACGAAACCUACGUGGGAUCCUGGGGCGGAAUCUCCAUCAACGCCGACAACAACGCCACCUACACGCUGCCAAGCCUGACCAAGGGCAAGGCAUACGUGUUCACCGUGGUUGUCGACAAUAUGGGUCUGGACGAAGAUUGGACCGUCGGCACCGACGAUACGAAAGAUCCCCGUGGCAUUUUGGAGUACAAGCUCUCGGGCCGAUCCGCCAGUGACAUCACCUGGAAGCUGACUGGCAACCUGGGCGGCGAAGACUACCUCGACACCGUCCGCGGUCCUCUCAACGAAGGUGGUCUCUACGCCGAGCGUCAAGGCUUCCACCAGCCCCAGCCCCCGAAGGACUGGAAAUCCGGUAGUCCCUUCGACGGUCUGUCUGCCCCCGGCAUCAAGUUCUACACCACCAGCUUUGAUCUGGAUAUCAAGAAGGGAUGGGAUGUUCCCUUGUACUUCAACUUUGGUAAUGCGACGUCCACUUCGAAGGCUGCGGCGUACCGCGCUCAGCUUUAUGUCAAUGGCUACCAGUACGCGAAGUACGUGAACAACAUUGGUCCCCAGACGAGCUUCCCGGUUCCAGAAGGUAUUCUUAACUACCGGGGCACCAACUAUUUGGCGCUGAGUCUUUGGGCGCUGGAGAAGGAUGGUGCGAAGUUGGAGAGCUUUGACUUGAUCAACACGACUCCUGUGUUGACUGCGCUGGAUGAAGUGAAGGCGGCUCCUCAGCCUAAGUAUGAGAAGCGCAAGGGGGCUUAUUAG